AUGGCAGAUUCCGCCUCCUCCUUCUCCUCCUCCUCCUCCUCGCCCUCUACCCCCCCAACAAACACCGCCGCACCACUACCCCCGACCCCCAAUUUCACCGACGACAACGACCCCUCAACAACCGGCUACGACCCUUCCGCCCGCUGGUCCAACUACUGGAAUAUCCUCACAGGGCGCAUGACGCCCGCCGGGCAGCACGCCUUCCGCGAAGCCGCCUACGUGCGCAACGAGGCGCGCGACUGCGCGCGCAGCACCGAGUGGCGGGACUGGUGCUUCCAAUACUCGCCGACCGUCACCUUCCUGCGGGAAAAGAUCCGCGACCUGAACGGCGACAUCGGCCCCGAUAACGUCCUGUGCCGCCGGUGCCCGACGCGCCGCGACGAGAAGACCGGCCGCUGGGUCCGCCAGGGCGGCGGCUUCAGCCCCGAGCACGGAAUCCUGAUCUGUGCCAAUGAGAUGCGCGACCGCAAGCACCUGGAGGAUACGCUGGCGCAUGAGAUGGUGCAUGCCUGGGAUCACUUGCGGUGGAGGGUGGACUGGGCGGAUUUGAGGCAUGCGGCUUGUACCGAGAUAAGGGCAAGCAGUUUGAGCGGGGAGUGUCGGUGGAUGCGGGAGUUUUGGACGAGGAGCCAUUGGAAGCUCACGCAGCAGCAUCAGAACUGCGUUCGCGCGAGGGCGGUGCAGUCGGUGAUGAACAGGCCGGCCUGCAAGGACGACGUACAGGCCGUCAAGGUCGUCAACGAGGUGUGGGACUCGUGCUUCGCGGACACGCGACCGUUCGAUGGGAUUUACAGGUAG